CCUAUAGCCUUCUCCUUUCAUCUCAGUUUUAAAGUGACAUCCCAGUUUUCUUAGAAACUUUCUAUUUUGGGCGUUUAUUCUAAGACUUCUUUUUUCAGAUUUGAACUUCAAAUUUCAUGGUGGGUGUAACGCAUUACUUUUUCUGGUAGGAGUGCCUUUAUUCUCUCAUUCAUAACUACACGUUUUAUGUUGCAUUAUUUGGUCUAAGAAUGAUUAUUUUCACCAUGUUUUCCAUUUAUAAAGUUGGCAUUUUUCUUUUUUCCUUUACUACAAAAGGAAGAAGACAGAUUCUCUUGUUGAGGAGGGGGGCUAUUUCUGUAAAAAAAGACAUUCUGAUUCCCUUGACACAAAAAUGCUUCUUUGAUUUAAUGCCACUAUAAAGCUUACACCUUUAUACAUUUCCUCUGGUUUCUUUCCUCUCCUCUGCUCAUAUCAUCAUCAAGAAAAGCUCUCAAAAACCUUGGAGCCUUUAUCAGAUGAAGUGGGAAAUGGAGAUUCUAUCCCCAACUUGCUCUAAUCACAACCUGUCAAAUUCAAGCUGGUUAGUUGCAGAAAGGCAAAGUACAAAAUGGACCCAUUCUGAGAACAAAGCCUUCGAGAACGCCCUCGCUCUGUACGACAAGGACACGCCGGACCGGUGGGAGAAGGUGGCGGAAAUGGUUCCCGGCAAGACGGCGGCGGAUGUGAUUUUGCAGUACAGAGAAUUGGAAGAAGAUGUCAGUUGCAUAGAAGCUGGUCUGAUGGAUUUGCCGCCCCUCUUCCCUCCUCCGAGUAGUUUCACUUCUCCAUUCACACUUGAUUAUUGGGGAAAUAGCGGCGGCGGAUUCGAUGCUCACGGACGUUCUUUCGCCGCCGGUGGGAAGAGACCGCCGUCUAACCGGGCGCAUGAGCAAGAAAGGAAAAAGGGCGUCCCUUGGACGGAGGAAGAGCACAGAUUGUUCCUAAUGGGGCUAAAGAAGUAUGGAAAAGGUGAUUGGAGAAACAUUUCUAGGAACUUUGUGGUAACAAGGACACCAACACAAGUAGCAAGCCAUGCUCAGAAGUACUUCAUUAGGCAACUCUCAGGCAGUAAAGAUAAGAGAAGGGCCAGUAUUCAUGACAUCACUACUCUCAACCUCAAUGACAACAAAGUCCGAUCACCGGAGAACAAGAAACCUCAGACGAUGUCACCGGAGUCCUUGCGAACAAAUUCUGAUAUCCAUAGAAUGCCUCCUCAGUGGAACCACCAUCAGCAGGGGAGUAAUAAUGGGUCAGUCUUGGGGGGUUUUAGCCCAGCUCAUCAAGGUAUAUAUUUUGGGACAUGCCCUUAUGGGAUAGGGUCAUUGGGAAUGAAUAGGAUACAACAAGGGAGUGCUUCUUUGCCAGAUUCUUACUUUGGACCCCAAAGAGGGUCUCUUCAUGUAAAAUCAGAUGUGCAGCAUUACCAUCAUGUUCAAUAAUUGAGAUGUCACCCCCCUAAAAAAGUGGUGAAUUUACAACUUUUCCUCUUCUAUCAUGUAAAUAUGUUUUUGCAAUUUUCAUUUAGUCUUUUCAGUAAGAAGCUCAGAAUUCUGAUUUGGUAGUUUUGAAAACAAGAGAUCCAUUAUGUUCCAAGAAAUAUUUUGUAUUGAAAGAAA